AAAAUACCUUUUAUUGUAUGUUAACUACAAACUAGCCUAUUCUAUGGAAAUUCCGCCACAAUAAAUAUUUAAAAAAAAAACAGCUUCACUCAAAAAUGGUUCUCUCCAUGGACAGAUGGGUGGGCAAAGUGGCCAUCGUCACGGGCGCCAGCUCUGGAAUCGGCGCCGCCAUCGCCGACGCUUUAGUCUCCAAAGGCCUCAUUGUUGCUGGCCUUGCCCGCCGCACAGACCUGAUCGAAAAUCGGGCCAAACAGCUCAAAAACGGCAAACUGUACGCUGUUAAAGCCGACAUGACCGUGGAAAAAGACAUUCUGGACGCUUUCAAAUGGGUUUCGGAAAAUUUGGGCCCGGUCCAUGUUUUAAUAAACAAUGCCGGGUUUGCCAAAGAGGGGCUUCUGACCGAGGGCGAGACGGAAAUCUGGCGGAAAAUCCUCGAAAUUAACGUCCUGGGUCUGUGUAUUGCCACAAGGGAGGCUGUGAAAAUCAUGAAAACUAAUGGGAUAAACGGGCAUGUUAUCCACAUUAAUAGCAUUCUGGGGCAUUCGAUUAAUAUGUUGAAAGUUAACGUGUAUCCAGCGACGAAAUUUGGCGUUACGGCCCUUACUGAGACCUUGAGGCAGGAGUUGAUAAGUCUUGAGAGCAAAAUUAAAGUCACAAGUAUUAGUCCGGGUUUGGUUGCCACUGAAAUGACUUCUCUGAGGAAAGAUUUGAGUGAGGAAAGGAAAAAAUUGUUUGGGAGCCGACCGUUGCUGAACCCUGAAGAUAUCGCCGAUGGGGUGGUUUAUGCCCUUUCGACCCCUGAGCAUGUUCAAGUAAGUGUCAAGGUGCACGAACUGACCAUUAAACCACUAGGGGAACCCACCGCCUAAUCCAUGGACCUUGACAUUAAAAAAAAAACAUUGUAUUUAACUCACUUAACCACUUAUCUUGUUACCAAAUAAAUAAUUAAUUC